AGAAGAGGACUUAAGGUUGGAAGCUUUACGAGAGCAGACAGCGAAUAAAGUCUCCAGAUUUCUUGUCGGUGUAAGUAUUUCGACGUCCUUUCACGUUAUUUGUUGUACUGAUAUAUUUUCGUCCCAUAGCAACAAGAGGAGCACUACGUUGAGAGGAUGUUGCGCCGAGCCAUGACGUUCAAGGGACCGUGAACUACGUACACUGCUCAACAGAUAAGUCGUUCCGUCCUCCCACAAGAGACAAGAAAUUUCCUAUAACGUCUACAUUGCACAGCUCAAUGCAUCAUCGGAGGACAGUCUUUUGCUAGUACGUGAAAAACCAUCACCAAUUUUAGGCUUUUGAACUGAAAAUCCCAAUAAAUCACUCGACCACCUGCAGGAUCCCGAAAUCCCAAAAAUUUCCCCUCCCCGCUGUGCACGGAGGUCUGCAUCUACUUAAGCUAGAGAAGUUCUUGUAGCAGAUCUGUAUAGAAUUGUGGUGAGAAAAAAGCUAUACACGGCCUCAGACGAGACGAGAACCGUAGCUCGUAAAGCAGCAGCAGCAGCAGCUUCAAAUGUAAAAUUUGAUCCAGCAGCUGUAUUUGAGUAAAUAUCUCUCACAAAGACAGUAGGUACAGUAAAUUCCUACUCAAACAAAUCCUGGGUCGACGUUCCAACCGUGUCUCGAUUAAUAUCUGUUGCAGAAAAUUGCAAUUUUUGCCUCCGGCUACAAAGUUUGUCAACAACAACCCGUUCCAAAUUAUCCAGCCUUCGUGCAUCUUCUGCUUCUGACCAAAACCUAGAAACAGGAACAAUACAAGUCUGUAUAUCCUAAACCAGAGGCUAAGAACGCAAGCGAAAUAAAACGAACGCACUUACAGUACAGCAAGCAGCUUUUUGUUUUCUCCUUUACAUCUACAAAACAUUACGCGACCCAAUUUCGGCGACAUUCAGGUUUUUUUUUCGGAACUUCAAGGGCAAGGGCCAUUUCUUUAGAGCUUGAUUUGCAGCGAAAAUAAAGGGCUGCAGUUCUGCGACGAAGAUGUUGAAGAAGAGCUGAUAUCUAACUAUAAGUUUGACAAAAAAAACCAAUACACUAGUUCGAAGAAAAACGUAAAAACAGUCUACGUGGUCGUAUUAUAAUCGUAUACUGGAACAAAAAAUAAAAUCACCAUGGCGCUCCUGAAUUCGCGCGUGGUGAACGACACGCCUUCCGCAGUCGAGCAAAAAGUGCAGACCGCGGAAGACACAGCGACCACGCCGCAAUCCGCACUGACGAACCGGGCAGCGGCCAGCACGUUGAAGAUGGUGCAACAGAAAUCCGGUGCUGACACCAAGCUCUACGAGGACGCUUUGGGACACGACAGGAGUCUGUGGCGGGAAAAGCCGGCCGUGGAUUUUAGCUGGUCGGAGGAUCUGGAGCCGCACGUGAAAAGAAGAAAGGCGAUACUGGAAAAGCACCCGGAAAUAUUGAAACUCUACAAACCCGACCCGUUGAGCGCGGUAUACAUUGAAAGGAACAAUGAGACAACUUUGAUAAGUACAUUACAUGAUAAUUAGACAUUGGAUACGCAGACAGAGUAUGAGUACAUCUACAUUGUAGAGUUGCGAUGCAUCGUAAUUAUAGUUAUGGUUAUCGUUCAUGAAACCUCUUCCAGGUCUUCUGCAUCGGGACUUGCAUUGUGCAACUGACGAUGGCCUACCUGCUCCGGGACGCCUCAUGGUGGCUGAUUUUUCUGUGCGGGUACGUGGUCUCUGGAACCAUGAACCACUCCCUCGUGCUGGCCAUGCACGAGCUUUCGCACGACCUCUGGUUCCCCAACAAACAAGUCAACACGGUCUUCGCCUGGUUUAUCAACUGCCCAACCUGCGUUGCCAGCGCAAGCACGUUUAAACGGUAUUGCAAUUGCUUAAUAUUUAUAUUAGUUGUUUGAUGUUUGUGUUGCAGUACUAUACUCUUUGAAAACAAGAACGAAGUAGGUUGUUGGUCCUGUCUCACCGCAACAUGCUUUGUCAACAUUUUGCAUUUUCGUAUUAAGCUCAUCGGUUUCGUUUCCAGAACCAGAUACACGAGACUACAUGACAAAACCGGCAAAAUCAUGCUAACCAGGUACCACUUGGAGCACCACACGUACCAGGGCAGCGAGAAGAUGGACGCGGACCUGCCUACGAAGUUCGAGGGCAAGCUGUUCCGGUACACCAUCACCAAAGCGCUGUGGGUCGCGUUGCAACCUUUUUUCUACGGGUUGCGACCCCUGCUGGUCAAGCCGAAGCCGGUGACGAGCAACGAGAUUUUGAACUGGGUGGUGGUCGGGUCCUUCGACUUCUUCAUCGCCACCUCCCCCUACUUCGGCCACAAGUCCUUCGCCUACCUCCUCCUCGGCAGCAUCCUCGGCCUGGGUCUCCACCCGAUGGCGGGACACUUCAUCGCGGAACACUUCGAGUUCAUCUCCGGCCAGGAAACCUACAGCUACUACGGGUGGCUCAACUUUUUCGCCUACAACGUGGGGUACCACAACGAGCACCACGACUUUCCGAAGGUGCCGGGCCGGCUGCUGCCCAAGGUACGGGAGAUUGCGCCGGAAUUCUACGACUCCCUCCCCUACUACGACAGCUGGACCAAGGUCUUGAUCGGGUUUAUGAAGUGCAAAAAUGUCUGGGUCUGGAAAUGUGUGAUGCUAAAAUGUGGAUGAUGAAAACAAUUCCAAAUUCGACACAGCAUGACAAAUUUUCAGAACACUUUCUCAUAGGCAAUCCGCAUGAGAAACUGCGUCUUUGCAUGUACAAAAGCGGCUGCGACUUUUGUUGGCUAUGCAAUACAGAUUUCCCAGGUAUGGAGAGCUAGCAUCACAAGUUCCAAACUUCCAGACCCAGACACUUUUGCAUUUGAUAGGGUUCAUCUUCGGCCAAAACAUCAACUGCUUCUGCCGGGUCAAGAGAAAGUGAACGACGACGUUGCAAAAAAUGUGGAGGUAAAAAUCACAUGACGGUACAAGUACUUACAUCUACAUCAGAUGUUGAAAUGAUCCAACAUCUUCCGAAGUUUUCCAGUAGUAAAAGAUGCACCAAAAAAUGAUCGACCCCGCUGUAGUGAAAUAAGUGUUUUGUAUGUUUUGAAAAGUUGUUGUACUUCUUUUACAAACGGACACCAUCAUAUUACCCAAAAAGAACAUCAAAACCCUCAGUAGAUAGAAGAUGACCGCUACCCCGGUGGUUGGUGCGUUUUUCUUACACAAGAGCGAGGACUUGAAGAUGCGGAAAGCUUGACUAGUAGGUUUUGACAGCACGCUCCUGCGAUUGCCAUUGUUAGUCACACUCACAUCAACUCUACUACGAAAGAGCCUUUGCUCAUUCGGAGCAACAAGGCAUCCUCAAGUCGUCGAGAAUCCUACAAUAGAUAACUCCGCUGGCAUGAUUUUCCUGCAGUACAAAUUCAGAUACGCAUCACACAACCUCCUCUACUCUCGCGGUUGCAAGGAAGCGAUAGUAUGGCUGUGGUGCAUUAUGACCAUUGUAUGUAAAAAAAUGUGCUGUUUUUAUAAGGCUUCUAAGGCUCAGUAAGACGACGGACGAAUGUCAGAACCAGUGUAAAGGCAAAAUUCAAUGAAUCAGAAAAACUUGGAAAAAAUGGCGAUCUCUUUUUCAACAUGGGUGGGAAAGUAGAUAGAAGGGGAAGAAGUCUUAAGCAGUUUUUAUCGUAGUUGGGAAAGAACAGAUACUAAAAGAGACAUUACUUGCCUCUGAUGAAGCAGCGCUGUACACUUUAUGGCGAGCGCAUGGGGAGGAGUCGAAACACGUUUGUACUUUGGAACCCCAGGAUUAUACAGAUCACCACAAUUUUGUGCAGCGGUUCUUCAUUUUACUCUAGUUACCCGAGCCUGUGCGCUCUCUGGUAGCGACCUGAAUUCGGCUUCUAUGUGAUUUGCAAAACGCUUACCCUUGUUGUUGUUUUCACAUGGGAACAGAAUCGAUGGAGUUGAAAAAACAGAUGAAACUGUCUGCGCUCCGGAAAAAAUAAAAAGCUCCGAACAAACUUUUGUGCGAGCAGUCAACGAUGCGUCAAUUUUGUUGUGCAUGUUGCGCUGUAGGCAAUCAUCAU